AUGAAGACUCAAUCGAUGCAGAAUAAAGCCACCGAUAUACCAGAGAGAAAAGCAGAGCUCGUUCUAAACCCAGGGAGAAUGGACGUCAUGAGGAAUGGUGAGGACUUUUGGGAUCAGCCUUACUACUGGUUCACCAAGACUGUGUUCCGGGCGAUUGGUCACUGGCCGUAUCAAUCGCGAAAGGAAAUCAUCGUGUGCCGCAUUGUCCUACACUUCACUUAUUGGAUUCAAAUCAUACCCCAGAUCCUUGCGAUCGUACGUCACUACGACGACUUUGACCUCAUCUUGGAGACCACCAGUUCCUUCAUCACUGAUGUCGCAGUCAUUUGUAAUCUAGCCACAUUUGUAUUCAACUCUGAUAAGAUUCGGAUACUUCUGGAACAGAUCAAGGAAGACUGGAGUAUUUUUCCAGUGGACAACGGACUGCAAUUGCUCCAUGAAUACACUCUCUUGGGAAAACAAAGGGCUGUACUGUAUUCAGCUGGUCUUUACAGCGCGUGGUUCAUAUUCGUGAGUGAACCGGUGUACGUCAAAAUUGUUCGCCUCUUCAUUCCGUCGAACAAAAGUCUGCCUUUGAGAUUUGCCAUUCCCGUGGACUACGGUCCACUCGACAUGGAAGCAUAUUAUUACACUAUUUUAAUUGUUGCCGCUGUUUCCAUAUUUGGUAUUGUCACGGUGAUUGUCUCAGCAGAUAUUUUGUUAUUUCUUUAUGCACAACAUGCCUGUGGGGUAUUUGCAGCAUUGGGAUUUGCCAUUGAAAAUCUGCCGGUUGGUCGAUACACUUUGAAGAAAAUGGAGAAUUAUGAAUAUCUUUAUAUGAGAAAGUGUGCCAUCAUACAUCAUCGAGUACUUGAGUAA